UAAAUGAAAGUGAAAGUAUACACAGGUACUUAAGACAACACAGCUCACUCAUGAGGCAUGUUGGCAUACUGAGAAGCGCUGCACUUAUUUAAAGUUUUGAAGGACUGUAGGUAAAAAUGGACGAAUACCUGCAUCCACUGUUCUUCGAGGCAAGAGAUCUGACAGACAGAGAGAAGGAGAAAAUCAGGAGGCACUUCCAAAAGAGACGAGACUCUGGGGGAGGGGAUUGCGGGACAGUUGAAAAGGCUAGAGGCAACAUCUACAAAAUAUGUUUCAAGGAAAAAGAAGACCAGGAAAGAGUUUUGCAGAGGAAGUUUCACAACCUCUCCCUUCCUUGCGGGGAACUACAUCUGACAGUGAGCCGAACCGAAUCGUCACAGACCACUGAUCAGCCGUCCACAAGUCAAUCACAGACAUUCACAAAAGCAAACACAAAAGGCCUUGAGAAGAUUUUCAAACUGGACAUUUUCCUGCUGUAUUUCCUGAGAGACAACCCUAAAGCAAAUAAAGUCUUACAGAAACAGCUCUCUUCUAUCGGCUGCGUGUUUGAGUUAGAUUUUGACGAGGAGGAGGCAGUGGUUAGGGGGGAUAUUGAGAAGGGGCCUGGGGGAGCUUUCGGCGCUGCAGAGAAAUGGGAAAUGCAGGUGGAUCGCGUCUUCAUUGGUCUCACUGAGAGCUACAUCUGCUAUCAUGUGGUCGAGCCAAAAAAAGUCAAAAAAUUACUGCAGGACCUCUACGCUGCCAGUGACGAUAUCAAAGUGUACACAGAGGGCGGUUACGCCGUGGUUGUGGGAGAAGCUGAGGCCGUGAAAGAGAGGAUUGCCAUCCUCGAAAAGAGCAUGCCAAUACAGAAGGAAAUACCAAUUGUGGAGAAGCAGUUCAAACUGGUAGAGGAUGAGUUUAGUCGAGAAAUGCAUACACAUUACCCAGAAGUCAGAGUCUCCAUAGGCAGCGCCAUGAUCAUCUUGGAGGGCCCUGAUGAGGAUGUGAAGGCGGGAGCUACGAAACUGGAUGAGCUGAUCAAAAAGGUGAAAGAAAAGAGAGUUAAGCUCAGCACAGCUUUAAUAAGCUUUUUAACAUCCAGUGGUGCCAUCACAAAGUACCAGGCUCGCUUCCAGCAGAUCUUCAGAAAUCCUGUUCUCCUAGAGCUGGGGUCAGACCUCGUCCUGUCCAGUUUGUCCUCUGACGCCCUGAAUGAGGCCGAGGCAGCAGUGCAGAAAGACCUUACUCUGGCCAAUGUGCCGCUGCAGGGAGCUGCAGCUGUACCGCCAGAUCUGGACAGAGUGAAGGAAAUCCUCAACAGGGCCAAGGAUGCAGCAAACUGUCGAGAGCUCAGAGUGGAAGUCAGCUUCAUCCCGGGACUCAGUGGAACCACAGGCAGCAAAGUACGACUGGUGGGCUACAGUGAAAAUGUCAACAAGCUCAAAGAGGUUCUGCACGACUUCCAGAUGAAUCAAGUCGCCACACAGGAAGUACUGAACCUUCCGCGUCCUGAACUGCUUGACUGUUUUGAUAAAAUCACAGACCUGAUUGGCAUGAAGAACACGACGGUGACCUUGAAAGCUUCGCACUUUCCAUACCCUUGUGUGCUUGUGUCCGGUCCCCGGCAUCAGGUCAAGGAGGCCCAGGAUGCACUGCGCUCAGCUCUAGCUAGUUUAAUGUCAGACACUCUGAUCCUAGAUGGUCCAGGGGCUCAGCGGUACUUCCAAGCAGAGGGUAGAAUGCACAAGGAGCUGGUAGAGAGCUCCUGCCAGGUUAUUAUCAGGGAACAGCAAAGUGUGUACUCCGCAGUUGUCAACAGUAAACCACGAACCACCAGCAACCCGGUCUUCAGCAACUCCGCACCCCGACCCACCCCCCCACCAAGAGUGCGCAGCAAAACUGCAGGGAGCAUGCCGAUCAACAAGACAUGUCUGGAGAUGAGGAUUGGAAGUUUGGUGGAUGAGCAGGUGAACGUGUUGGUGGUCCCCAUGCUCAACAAGAAGCUGGCCUCUACUAAAAUUGGUAAAUGCUUGAUGAGUAAAGCCGGGAAAGCAAUCAAUUCAAAGUUUAAGUCGGUGGCAGCGAAGUGUACCGUCGUUCCGGGUGAUGUUCUGCUGGUUGAUGCGCCUCCAUCUCUGGGCUGCUCCAAGCUCUUCUUCAUCGAGUGUGUGCCAUGGGAUGGAGUCCUGGGACAGAGUGUGAAGGCGCUCAGUAACGGGCUCAGGAGGUGUUUGGACCUGUGUGUACAGAAUGGCUUGAGCUCGGUGGCCUUUCCAGUUAUUGGACCAGGAAUCGUUUUAAAGUACCCACUGGGAGAAGCCAUUCAAGUGCUGACUGAGAGCAUUCGCCAGUUUGGAUUGUCAGAAUCCUCUGGGUCCCUCACCACCAUCCACAUCGUCAUUCAAUCAGGUUAUCCUGACUCUGAGCAGUGCUACCAUGACACCUACAGGCAUCUCAGCUCAAAUAUGACCCAGGGAGGCCAAGCAAUCUUCAGAUCCCUCACCAGUGACCUUGACAACAUCACAAUGACAGUGGGAGGCGGGGUGAAACUGCAGGUGGUGUUUGGUGACAUCACUAACGAGACUACAGACGUUGUGGUGAACAGUACCGACUUCACAAAUUAUGGGAUUGACGGUGUGUGCAAAGACAUCUUAACUGUAGCUGGACCAGAGGUGGAAGCUGAACUUAAAGCAGCACAACCUAACGAUGGAGACGUUGUUGUAACUCAACCUGGAUCUUUCCCCUGUGCGGCCAUUUUUCAUGUCUGUGGGAAAAAGGAUCCAGUCCUCACUGAACAACUGGUGUGUCGCAUCAUUAAACGCUGUGAAUUGUAUAAGUAUGAGUCUGUCGCCAUUCCUGCUAUUAAUGCUGGAAUCGGUAGGUUGGAGCCCGGUGUCGUGGCAGAUGCCAUCCUCCGCGGGGUCGAGACUGCUACAUCGUCCACUCCUCUUAACUAUCUCACCGACAUCCGCCUCGUCCUGUUCAAGACCAAUGUCUUCUUGGCCUUCAAAGAGGAGGCGAUGCAGAGGUUUUCCACUGCAGUGAUCCACAGAGUGCCAGCACCUCAGUUACCUCUUGUACAACAACAGCCGCCACCUUCGUCAGUGAGCACAGACUUAAGCCUCUUCUGUACCAACUCCUCAAGCCAGCAGUCCGUCUUUCUGUUUCUGGGUCUCUCCAGACAGGAUGUAGACGAGGCCAAGGCCAAGCUGGAGGAACUGUACCAGGGUCAGUGCUCCACUCUAACCUUCACAAAAGAGGAGCUGGCAGGUCUCACCCAGGACGACAUGAAGGAUCUGAAGCAGCUGGUCGAGACAGAGGGUCUGUACGUGCAGAAGGACCAGUCAGGCCAGGGCGCCUUAACAGUGAGCGGGCUCAAAGACGGGGCCAACAAGGUGAUGCAGCUGAUCAACGCCUCCCUGCAGGGCUGCCUCAGAAGAGAAAAGAGAGCAAGGGAGGAGGAGGAGCUGUAUGCCCGUGUGGCCUGGUGCAUCCUGGGACACAGCGGCAACUGGGAAAGGGUCCCCAAGACAGCCAAUUACAGCCUGGAGAAUAAGGAAGUAGCGGGAGGGAUAUUGGACGCACAGAGCAUCCAGUGGUUCGUGGACCUGCCGAGGAUGGAGGCCAAGAGAAUGUUGAGUGGACAGACGGUGAAGCUGAAGCGACUUCAGCAUCUGCCAGACUUCACUCUGCCUCUGUACUGGGACAACAUGGCCGCCGAUGAAGUUUUGAAGCUGGUUCCACUGCAGCCGUCCUCCGCAGAGUACUGUGCAGUGAAGAGGGACUUCAAACGAACUGUCUCCAAGGCUGUGCUGAAGAUCGAGCGCGUGCAGAACAUCCAUCUGCGACGCGCCUACGAAGCCCAGAAGAAGCACAUCUCUGACAGGAACAAAGAGCAGGGCGGAGCAGGUGAGAAGCAUCUGUACCACGGGACCACCCAAGACAACUGUGACUCCAUCAUGAAGACGGGGUUCAACAGGCGCUUUUCUGGACAGAAUGCAACUUCAUUCGGUCAUGGAACCUACUUUGCGGUGAACGCCAGCUACUCGGCCCUCCCCACCUACUCCAGACCAGCUGCCAAUGGCUCCCAGUUAAUGUUUGUGGUCCGAGUCCUGACCGGCGUCUACACUGUGGGCCACAGCGACAUGAGGGUCCCUCCUCCUCGCAGCGACCUGGGACCUCACGACCGCUACGACAGUGUGGUGGACAGAAUGAACCAUCCCAACAUGUAUGUUGUGUUCCACGACAACCAGGCGUACCCGGACUACCUCAUCACGUUCAAGUGACAAUGAGGGGAACACUAAGUACUUAACACUGUGCAAGUUACUGUAGAUAAGUGUAUAAAGAAUAAAGAUCAACUUUAGAUUCUUAGUUAUAUUUGGGGGGUUAAUUUAAAGUUAUAGUUAGACAGUAUUAGACAGUAUUUUUAAGAGUUAGUAAAAUUAAGUUUUGAUCAUAUAUACAUGUAAAUGUUUAGUAUUUAAUGUUUAUUAAGGAUCUCAGGAUUAUUCUCCAGUUUACAUCCAAAGUUUUCGGCACAAAUUAAACUUGAGCUGCGUGGGUACCUGCGAAGCAACUCCUCCAGGAAUUAACUUUACUGCUGCACUUUUGUUUUUUAGAUUACAAGAUGUACUGUAAGUGGCUUUUGAUUUAUUUGUCUUGUAUCUUUACUGCCAAUCUAAGCCAUAAUAAAAAGUGUCAAAUCA